CUAAGCAACAUUGAGGAGCCAGGAUGACCAUCCCCCUGCGCCUAAGGAGGCUUUGCAGGCAGGCGUCCCCUCAGGCCGUGCUGCUCCUGCUGUUCGCCUUCUGCCUGCUCAGCGUUUUUGUCUCUGCCUAUUACCUGUAUGGCUGGAAGAGGAACCUGGAGCCCUCAGGUGAGGUCACUGGGCCUGACUGUAAUGAGGAGCCCCAAAUCACUCCAUCACGCCUACUCCCCCUCAAGACCCUUAAGGUGUCCUCAUCCUCACGAACUGAUCCCCUCGUGUUGGUGUUUGUGGAGAGCCUAUACUCCCAGCUGGGCCAGGAGAUCGUAGCUAUUCUCGAGUCCAGCCGAUUCAAGUACCGGACAGAGAUUGCCCCUGGGAAGGGGGACAUGCCUACUCUCACAGACAAAGAUCGGGGUCGCUUUGCGCUAAUCAUCUAUGAGAACAUCCUCAAGUAUGUCAACCUGGAUGCCUGGAAUCGGGAGCUGCUGGACAAGUACUGUGUGGAAUAUGGUGUUGGCAUCAUUGGCUUCUUCAAGGCCAAUGAGAACAGUCUGCUGAGCGCUCAGCUCAAGGGCUUCCCUCUCUUCCUCCAUUCAAACCUGGGCCUGAAGGAUUGCAGCAUCAACCCGAAGUCCCCACUGUUGUAUGUGACCCGGCCCAGCGAGGUGGAGAAGGGCCUCCUGCCUGGGGACGACUGGACCGUCUUCCAGUCCAACCACUCCACCUAUGAGCCGGUGCUGCUGGCCAAGACCAAAUCUGCCGAGUCCAUCCCCCACCUGAGUGUCGGUGCAGCCUUGCACACCACGGUGGUACAAGACUUGGGGCUGCAUGACGGCAUCCAGCGGGUGCUUUUCGGCAACAACCUCAAUUUUUGGCUGCAUAAGCUGGUCUUUGUGGAUGCUGUCGCUUUCCUCACUGGCAAGCGCCUUUCAUUGCCCCUGGACCGCUAUAUCCUGGUGGACAUUGAUGACAUUUUUGUGGGCAAGGAGGGCACCAGGAUGAAGGUGGAGGAUGUGAAGGCCCUUUUUGACACUCAGAAUGAACUGCGCACACACAUCCCAAACUUCACCUUCAACCUGGGGUACUCAGGGAAAUUCUUCCACACAGGUACAGAUGCUGAGGAUGACGGUGACGACCUGCUCUUGUCCUAUGUGAAGGAAUUCUGGUGGUUCCCACACAUGUGGAGUCACAUGCAGCCCCACCUUUUCCACAACCAGUCUGUCCUGGCUGAGCAGAUGGCCCUCAACAAGAAGUUCGCUGUCGAGCACGGGAUCCCCACUGACAUGGGCUAUGCUGUGGCUCCCCACCACUCUGGCGUGUACCCUGUCCACAUGCAGCUUUAUGAGGCCUGGAAGCAGGUGUGGGACAUCCAGGUGACCAGCACAGAGGAGUAUCCCCACCUGAAGCCUGCCCGUUACCGCCGUGGCUUCAUCCACAACGGGAUCAUGGUCCUCCCCCGGCAGACCUGUGGCCUCUUCACCCAUACCAUAUUCUACAAUGAGUACCCUGGAGGCUCCAGCGAACUGGACAAAAUCAUCAAUGGGGGAGAGCUUUUCCUCACCGUGCUGCUCAAUCCUAUCAGCAUUUUCAUGACCCACCUGUCCAACUAUGGGAAUGAUCGUCUCGGGUUGUAUACCUUCAAACACUUGGUGCGCUUCCUUCACUCUUGGACCAACCUGAAGCUACAGACGCUGCCACCAGUCCAGCUGGCUCAACGAUAUUUUCAGAUCUUUUCUGAGGAGAAGGACCCCCUGUGGCAGGAUCCUUGUGAAGACAAGCGACACAAAGACAUCUGGUCAAAGGAGAAAACGUGUGAUCGGUUCCCAAAACUCUUAAUCAUUGGACCCCAAAAAACAGGCACCACAGCCCUUUAUCUGUUCCUGGGAAUGCACCCUGACCUAAGCAGUAACUAUCCAAGCCCAGAGACCUUUGAGGAGAUCCAGUUUUUCAAUGGCCAAAACUACCACAAAGGCAUAGACUGGUACAUGGAGUUCUUUCCCAUCCCCUCCAACACCACCUCUGACUUCUACUUUGAGAAAAGCGCCAACUACUUUGACUCUGAGGUGGCCCCGCAGCGGGCAGCUGCAUUGUUGCCCAAGGCCAAAGUCCUCACCAUCCUCAUAGACCCAGCUGAUCGCGCCUAUUCUUGGUAUCAGCAUCAGCGAGCCCAUGAUGACCCAGUUGCCCUGAAGUACACCUUCCAUGAAGUAAUCACGGCAGGGCCUAAUGCCUCCCCAAAGCUGCGGGCGCUUCAGAAUCGCUGCCUUGUUCCUGGCUGGUAUGCCACCCACAUUGAGCACUGGCUUAGUGCUUACCAUGCCAACCAGGGACUGGAUGCCUGGCCGAAAAAUGUUUCUUAUCCUGAACAAGCAAAGAUCCUGGUGUUGGAUGGCAAACUGCUUCGGACUGAACCCGCCAAAGUGAUGGAUACUGUGCAGAAGUUCCUCGGGGUGACCAACAUUAUUGAUUACCAUAGAACUCUGGUAUAUGAUGCAAAGAAAGGAUUCUGGUGCCAGCUGCUUGAAGGAGGGAAAACCAAGUGCUUAGGCAAAAGCAAAGGCAGGAAGUACCCAGAAAUGGAUUUGGAUUCACGAGCCUUUCUAAGAGACUAUUACCGGGACCAUAACAUCGAACUUUCUAAGCUGCUGUAUAAGAUGGGCCAGACAUUGCCCACCUGGCUGCGGGAGGACCUCCAGAAUACUAGGUAGCUGCUGCCACCACCAUGACCAGAGUGAGCGUUCAUCAUGGCCAGGGAGCCCCCAGCCUCACACUGAGCCACCCCGGGGGUGUGGAACAUAGCCCAGAACUGCCAAGCAUUUCUGAGCAAUACCCCACCAAGGCCUGACCUGGGAAUGGGAAGAAGAGCCCAGUGCAGCCGAAGAGAGCUCCAGAGCCUCCCACAGCCAAGGCCUACAACCAGGCAUGUGGCCCCCAAGCACUUCCUGAGACCUGCUCGAAGCUUCCCUAGGUGUAAGGUUGCUUCCAGUUUGUGUGAUGCCACUGCCUUGUUCGAGGGAUUCUGUUCUACUCCUCACUGUGCCCCUAGGCACUAUCCUCUUCCCCCAGGCAGGGCACUCCCUCAGUAUUAAUCGCUGUGUUUCCCACCAGCCGGACUGUGAUGGGGAUGGGGUGGGGCAGGAAGACCUUUUGCUAGACUGGAUGGAGGGGGGAUGGGGACACCCCCCUGUCCAUUUCAGAAAAGGCCCUUCAGAGAGAUAGGUCUGGUACUCAGCUGGUUACCAGGCUGGACUUAAGUCUGAUGGCCUCCAGAGAGUUCUGGAGCCCAUCUGAUCAAUACCUUCCCCUCUCUGUCCUUAAAAUGUCUUCGGUACCUGCAGUAUCCACUCAGUCCCCAAGGAAUCUUUCUAGGGGAUGUUUUUAACCCCUCCAUCCUAACAUCCUGACUCCUAGGACCAAGUCCUAGAGUUGUCCCAGAAUACUCACCCUAAUCUCUUGCCCCCGUCCUUUCCAUAUCAUCAGAUAUGACUUACGUGGUGUUUUCUGUGGUAAAAGACUGAGGUGACCCUAGGGUCCAGCUACCAGAACCCAUUCCAGUGUACAUAAAAUGUUCCCUCCCGCCCCAAGCAAAGGCUAUGGGCAGUGAAGAUGGUGCCUACAGCCCCGGUACCUCUGCCUCCAUUCCUGCUUUGAGCAGGUGGAGGCUUCCCGGAGAACCUUUUACAACCUCUCAAAUACUAAAAGCUGAAGUAUUUUAAUAUUUUGGUUUUUGUUUCUUGGUGCCAGAGUUUGUGCCCUGCUUAAUGGGGCUACACUGUGUUAUUUUAUAUAAACUCUCUGUCUGUAUCUCUCUCUGUCUCUCUCCCUCCUUCCCCAUCUGUCUCUUGUCUCUCUUCCUCCCUCUUUUUCUCUCCAUUUCUCUUCCCCCUUUCCUUUGUUGGGUUUGUUUUAAUCCAGCCUGCUAUCAUAAUCCAGGGGGCAGGGUAUCUAAUGGGGUCAGAAAGGUAGCAUUUGCUACCAGUAGCUCAAAGGGCAGUAACUGUUUCUCUAUCUCACCCGGAGGCUGCCUGAUUUUUAUCUCCUGCAGGCAGCAGAUAAAAUCAGGGAGAAACAGAUACUCUAGGCUGGUGUUUAUCACACUAGGCUAUUAUUCUGCAGUUGCAUAUAUAUUAGGAAGAAGGAGAGAGAAAGAAACAGGCCAGACUCCUACACCAGGGCUAUGUGUUUGCAGGGACCUGGUGUUCCUGAUCUGUAUGUUUUUGUUACCCCUGGGUUCCUUUGGUAUCUGGGGAGGUCUUGUGUGCUGGGUAAGUUGCCUGAGGUCUUGGCCACAGAGAGAACAAACAUAGAAGGGUUUUAAUAAGGAUGACUAUCACAAGGUCUGGAACCCCAGUGUUCUUGACAGCCCCUUAGUUCUUCUAUAUUCUUCUGGAUAUGCCUGUGUUAGAGGUCAUGAGGCCCUGGCAGUAACACCAAUUUAUUAAUCAUCUAGAAAAUUAGAAGAGGAGACAUGCAUGGGACCAAUAUGAAUGUAUGGGGUUGGGGGGGAGGUGCUGCUGGAUGAGCAAGAGAGCCCUGAGCCUAUGUAACUGGGCAUCUGUCUGCUGGCAGAAACAGGAUUCUCAGCAUUGGUGAUACUAGAUUCAUCAUGGCUUAUGUUUCUAGUUCAGCAUCCUUGAUCAUCUGGCCCAGCUGUGGAGAAAUGGAGCUUGUGUGGAAAUGGUUAAGCAGUGUUGUAAGCUUAAGCAGAUUAAGGUGAGUCAGAAUCUUGGGUUCCCAGCACGCUUUACUUCUAGGGCCCACCAGAGCCAGAGCCCAUGUUUUUGGUGUGGUAGCCCCAGUCACUUGGCCUGUUGGUAUAGCUGCCACUAUCUUUGCCUCGGUGGGAGAUCAGGUCAAUGUACCUCCCCUUGAUUGGACUCUCAGGUGAAUCUGAGGACCCUUCCAUAGCAGCAGUAGUUCGGUUCCUGAAGUCAUCUGGGAGGUAGGGCCUGCAAAUGACAGUAUGAAGCCUUAGAGUAGCAUAAAAUUAUCAGUGACUUCUGCCCUGAAAAGGGUAGUCUGAGAAGCCCUGUGUCUGGGAAUAUGUGGUGGGAGAUGAGGAAAGAAAACCAAUGAAUAGUAACUUAAAUCCAGGCCUCCAUCCUGGGUGGAGAGAAGCCAGGAAGCGAAAGACAAUGCAUUCCCUCUGGGAGAAUUUGGAACAUAGAGAAUGGGUAGAGGGAAUGAUUGGAGUGGUGCUUAGGACCACCUGGUUCUUUAGAAGGACAGGAAUGAAGGUGGAUUGAAGGAAGAGGAAACUUUAAAAUAGAAACUACUUUGGGCAAAAUUCUUUUGACUUGACUGCUGGGGAAACUGGAAAAGUUUGGCAAAAAUGAGACUGGCAGCCAACACCAUAUGCCAUAAUGUAUUCUAAGUGGAUAAGUGACCCAAAUGGAAAAGAUAACAUCACAGAAAAAAAGAAAAAGGGCAAAGUACUAGACCAAGCCCACUCUGAAGUGGGCAUUUACAUAGGCAGUGCCACAGGGCCAAGAGAAGGCAGAACAGGGAGUGGUCAGUGUGCUGUUUUGUUCUGUUCAAAGCACCUGGAGUGUUCCCUUCUCCCCACAAAAAGAAGUCGGGCUAUGAGGGGGUGAGGAUGGUAGGAUUGGGCAAAGCAGGGGCAGAAUUGCCUCAGCCACACAGCUCACCUAGUUAAGCUGUAAGGACUGGAAAACCACACUUGCUAUCAGUAACUAAUGAGGUCAUUGUGCUCUCAUUUUGAGCCUGCCCAUACACAGUAGCUCUAAGUACAGAACUGGUGUUUAUUAUAAUCUAGCUCUGGGCUGACUGGGAAAGAAUGGGAGAGGCAAGGCCUGGCAAGAGAUCUUCAUGAAAGAGCAAUGCAACUUCUGGGGGCCUAGGUGUCUCCUUAUUGCUUUUCCCUAGUGUUCUUGUAUUGUGUUUGGACCAUCAUAGGACCCUGCUUGUGGGUGUGGCCAACAACUCUCUUGAUAAGGCAGUCACAGCUACAACUGUGACAAACCCUGAGACCCCUGCCCUAUGCACUUGAGUGAAUGUGUCAGAAUUCAUGGGACCCAGAAUAGCUUCUAUGUCUGGGGCCAGAUCUUUCUGAUCAAUGGAGGAGACAUGACGGAAUAGGAGGAUUGUAUUGGAUGUUUGGGAAAACACUGAUCAAGUGUUCCUGGUGAACCUUCCCCAUUCCUUCAAGAUACAAUGUCAGAGGGCAGCUAGGUGGCGCAGUGGAUAAAGCGCCGGCCCUGGAUUCAGGAGGACCUGAGUUCAAACCCAGCCUCAGACACUUGACACUUACUAGCUGUGUGACUCUGAGCAAGUCACUUAACCCUAAUUGCCUCACCCCCCCCCCAAAAAAAAAGAUACAAUGUCAGAUGCCAGGAAACGGAAGCCCCUAGGUCAGUCUGGAGGAAGGAGAGGGUGACCAAAGAUGGCGGAUUAUCUGCAGAGUUAAAUUUUCUCAUUUUUGGAAACCUGACAGUUUGACAGGUCCAUGCAGCUCAGAUGUUGGCCAAAGAAAAAAAAGUUACACGGUGAUUAGGGUAAGGUGGAAUAAAGUUGCAAAGACCAAUCCUGGAUUGGAGAUCUGUGGAGCCAGAGCUGAGAGCUAGUCCCAUUGGAAAGCCCAAGAUAGAAUAGGAUUCUCACCCAGUACCAAGUUAUUUGGAUGAUUAGAGCUUUGUAGUAUAGUUUGAGGUCUGGUCCUACUAGGACUCCUUUCUCAUUUUUGUGGGGGGGAGGGGGGGAAUAUUUUGAUUUUUUUUUUUUAUUGAUUCUCUUGCUAUUCUUGACCUUUUUAUAAUGGGAUCCUCUAAAAAAGAUCUCACCCCAUCUCUUUCUUAACUUGGUGCUAGAGUGAGAUUUACCUAGGAUCCACAAUUGCUCUCUUAGUGGGCAGAAUGCUAUAAAAACUGAUGGGUGAUAAGAGAAGUCUUGGGUCUCUGAGUCUGGUAAGAUAUGCCUUUUUAUUGCCUGUCUUGCCAGUAGUAGGCAUAGUGGUAUCUUCUCCAGCUGGAAAUCUUGGCUGGGCCAUUGGGCUGAGGGAAGAGAGCUGACUGUCUUCCUCUUGUCUGGAUGCCCUGGGUUAUCAGGGCAAGUUUAUAGACACAGCCUAUUGACCCAUCCAGAUGUUUUAUAUUGUUCUGAAUCAGGAAGCAAGCCCAUGUGGUGGUGUCUUGAAGGCUCACUUUAGGUAGUAGAAUCUCAAAGCUAUUUACUGAUUCAGAAAUCAGGUAUCUCCCCACUAAUCCUAACCCACUUGUAAAACUGUGAAGUGACUCAAGUGUAGUGUCCCCAUUCCCCCCGCCUAACCUCCACCACUGCUAGGUUCAUUCCUUUACUAAAGUCCCUAGAAGACCACUCUGGCAAAAGGGGUAAGAGAGCCCUGUCUGGAUCAUCUUGCAUCAGCACCUGGGACUCACUGGUACUUUUCAGGUUCCCUCCCACCUCCUCACCUAUUUACAAAGCCAAAUAGAAAGAAGUCACUUCUUCCAGGCCAGGACGGCUGUAUACUGGCUUUUACUACCCCCGACUUUGCAUUCUGUCUGGGACCUCUUGCCUCUGAAGGGCUUUCCAGCCUCAGGUUUCUGUGGCUCCUGCCACAGUUCUAGUAUAUUCCUGUCUUGUUAGAGUCCUGGUGGUGUUGGAUCUGAGAUAAGGCAGAGACAGUACAGUUCUAGGCCUGGCUAUCCAAGAAGACUUUCUUUAAUUGUAGAGAGCUACUUGAAGGAGGGAAAACUCAUGUUCUUGGGCGAAAGUAAAGGCAGAAAGUACCCAGAAAUAGACCUGGAUGUGAAUAGGUCGAGCUGCUUCUUUCAGAUACCAUGCUAGUGGAAUUUAGCCAAACCCAGUUGUUUUGGUGGGGGACAGUUGUAAUUUCCAUUUAAGUCCAAAUGCAGUAGGCAGUGUGGACCUGGAAGGGGAGGAGAAUUUGUUGGGGUGGCUAUUGUAGCCCUUGAAGUUGAAGGUAGUCCUGCCACAUUUGGGUGGGCAGCUAAAUGACACGGGGCCUGUUGCUGUGGCUUAGCCGGGACACACUGGAGAUGAAAGAACUGUGACAUGGAAACUGAGAAUGGAAAAUGAGAGAAGAGCCAGGUCAAACUGUAAUCGCCAGACUAAGAUCUGUGAUGGAAUAGGGAGACAUGAGCUUGGGCUCUCCGAAGCAAGGCAAGUUGACAAGGAUCCUGUCUGCUGCUGCUUCCUUUUGAUAGAGCUGGAGAAUUCCACCUUUUAGGAGCUGCCGUGUGCUAGGCCUAGAAGCCUGAACCUGAUGGAGUAAUGUCAUGAUUAUAGCCAUAACAAUCCUGCUGGUGGAGGAAGGGCACAGACAUAGAGAAGCAUUCUCAUGGAAACCCUUGAGUGAGAUGUCUUUCUGCCCUGAGCUCAGGGCCCCUGUGGUUUGGGCUGGGGACUCAGAGGUCAGUAGGGUAGGUAUGAUUCAUAUUGCCCUUGGCAUAAAUGGCCUCCUUAAAUUUUGUUCUUCCAAACCUCCCUCCUGUAAGCAAGUACCUCUUCCCCAAUUGAGGAGCAGAGUUGGGGGAGCCAAGCGUAGAGACUAAGUUUGUGUGUUUUCCAUUAGCACCAUUCAGAUUCUGCAUGAUUUGCAUUUCCAAUGUCCCCUUUAUAGGUCUCCCAAUAAUCCUUUCCUUUCCCAGUCCCCUCCCCCAAGUAAGGCAUACCUGAAGGAUGGACUCAGCCUGGCAAGGAGCCAUGAAAUCUCAGUGAUUGGUACCAUCAGCUGGACUUUAGAAGAGUAUGACCCUGUGGCAGCUAAUGGUCAAAGCUGCUCUGACCAUGAUUGAGAUACCUAAAUUCAUUGCAGAACAACAACAAAGCCAUGUGGAAAAGAGGGAUCCAAAAAGAUCUCAAUAGGCUAGAAUAAUGAGAAACUAUAUUAGAAUAAAUUUAAAACCUUGAUCACAAAAGCCAACUUCACAAUUACAGGAUUGGGCUUGGGUGGGUGGGCAGAAAAACAUAUUCGUGGGGAAAGAGUGCUGCAGAGGUGAGACCCACCCCCACCCGGGGAGCUUUAAACUCAUCUUGAAGAGUCCCCAGACCCCGCCAGAGGGAGUGUUCCUCUUGGACUCCCUCUGCCUUUGUGCAGAUGGAAGCUGGCAUCUUGGAAGGAGGCCCCUUCUUCAUCAAGAAACCUUCCUAUAUUAGGAGCAAGAUUGGCAGAAUCAAGAGGCGAUGUUAAUCCAUUCUUUUGGAAAUCUGGACUCCAAGCUCUGCCUGCUUCUAAGACUGAAGGUUUUGUUGCUACCACAUGGGUUAAUCAACAGUAUCCAUCUGGGCUGCUGCUGGUAUUGGUCCUCUUGUAAGGAAGCAUUUACAAAGCACCUACUCUGUACACAAUCACGUAGUUGGUGCAGCUUGGGAGAAAGGCAUAAUAACACCUCCUCCUGCCCAUAACAGAGUCAUAGUCUAAUAGAGGAAAUGCUUUUAAGAAACUAAAACAACCACUUACAAAAUGACAGCAUCUGCUUCCAGUGUCAUAUGAAUGAUCCGCAUAGUAAACUCAAAGCGGAGGUGGGGGAAGUGAUCCAGGGCAGAGGCAGUUUAGAAAGGCUUCACUGAGGUGGAAUUUGAACUCUUAGGGCAUUCAAGAUGGAUAGAAGUUCAGGUGGCAAGUGGGACAGUGUAAAAGUGCUUAGGAAAGGGAAAGAGGAGGGAGAAAAUAAAUCCUCACUACAUCUUUCUGCCUUUGGUUCAGAGAACUAGCCACAGCUCUCAGAAGAAGGGAUCUAUUGAGCUUGGAUUCUGCCCCCUUGUGUUGCCUUGCACUCAGGGAGAGCCUGGGAAACAUUUGCUUUGGCCUUUGGCCUUUGGGUUCAUACUGGCUGGAGCAAGGCCUGGUUUGCUCACAUGCCUAAGAAACAAGGUGUCUGGUUCAUGAUUUCUGCAUAUCGUGUUCCUCUGGGCACUGGGCAGGAAAAAUAGGGAAUAGAAACUCAGGCAAUUGACUCUCUAUAGUCUGGGUGAAAUGAGCUAUAUUUUCUCACUAGAAAGCUUCCCCUAUCCCACUUCCCUUCUCCCUCUGGCCCUGGUUCAGUGACCCCUACAUAUAUCCUAGAAGAGUCUGGGGGUGGGGUAUGGAGCAGAAAAGGUUAUAUGAAAAUUGCAAAAAAGGAAAAGAAGGGUUUAUACAACUCUUAGUUUUUAUUAUCGAGACCCCUUUUUCCCUUUUGCCAAUUUUUUAAAGAAUCCGUGUCUCUUCCUAGGGAGAGGAAGCCCAUACUUGGGAUGUCAGGGGAAGGGAAGAGCAGUGUUAGCAGAAAGAGAAAAAAGGAUCUCUUCCUGUGUUAGGAGGGAUGGGGGUGGGGGGCAGCAAGAUAAAGCUCAACCCAUCUCUCCUGUUUCCUAGUGCUCUUAUACCAGCCUUUUGGUUUCAUUGGAAAAGAGAACCUUCAUCACUAAUGUACAAUCUUGAACUAACUGCUAAUAAAAUGGGAUUGUUUGUAUUCA